UGGCGUGUGGGUCUUGCGCACAGGUGGAGCGUCGGUCUGUCGACUUCCUGUUUUCCUUCAUAUUAUGACUUUAUUUUAAAUAUAUUCUGUAACAUAUUAAGCUAUAAACGGGGAUUUUAAACACUUUCCAAUUGUCAGAAGUUACAAUUCUGAGAGUUUGAUGAGAGAAAUGCGCGCGCGCGGAGAGAACAUAAAGUGUGUUUUUGUACUUUAAUGGGAGCUGUGACCUGAAAAGAUAUGGCAGCUGACGACAAGGUUGCCAUCCUGACAGACGAUGAGGAGGAGCAGAAAAAGAAGUAUGUAUUGGCUGAGUCAUUCAACAGUCUGUCGUUGGAGGUGUGUGACCAUCGGGGGGUCAUGCCUACCUUGGCCACACCCCCUGAACAGCCUCCCGUCACACAGUCUGACACCGUCAACUGCUGUGCGCGGAUGUGCCUUCACAUCAACCAACACCUCCUGGUCUCUAAAAUCUUCUACUUCUUCUUCUACGCGGCCUACGGCUCGCUGCACCCUCUGCUGGCGGUUUACUACAAGCAGCUUGGCAUGUCAGCCAGCCGCAGCGGGUUGCUUGUCGGCAUCCGCUACUUCAUAGAGUUUUGCAGCGCCCCCUUCUGGGGUGUGGUAGCUGACCGCUUCAAGAAGGGGAAGGCUGUGCUGCUGUUUUCUGUGCUUUGCUGGCUGGUCUUUAACUUCGGGAUUGGGUUCGUCCCACCGGCUGAGAUGACGUGCCAGCAUACUGGGGUUGGAGGUGCAACUCCGCUGCCACCGCUGACGGCACUUCCACCUGAUAACCAAACCUUUUUGAGCAACUUGACCGAACGCAGAAGAAGUCGCCGGAGCUUCUCAUAUUUCCCCGUUCAUCUUAAUGUUGAUAAAGUUCACUACAGGCACAAACGAAGUACCAACGCCACCAUGACUUUGGGUCCCCACAAGCUGAACAAUGCCUCUGCAACACUGGCUACCUAUAAGCUGAAGAACGCCACCGCCAACCAUACCACCCUACCACCCACGACUCGUACCACCACCUCAACUACUCCAGGUAAACCCACAGGAGACCAGAUCAUCUACAACCAGGACCAGGUGGAGAACAUCUUCCUGAUGAUCCUGCUGGUCAUCAUCGUGGGCGAGUUCUUCAGUGCUCCUGCAGUGACUAUCGUGGACACGGCCACGCUGCAGUACCUGGGUCAAGCCCGAGAUCGUUACGGCCUGCAGAGGAUGUGGGGAUCGCUGGGCUGGGGCCUGGCCAUGCUUCUCGUGGGCAUCUGGAUUGACCAUACUCGAAUCAAUGUGGUGAUUGACAGCCUGGGCUGCAUCCUGCCUGACUACCACAACUACCAGAUUGCCUUUAUCGUCUUUGGCGUGCUGAUGGGCAUCGCCUUCAUCGUGGCUACUCAGUUCUACUUUGAAAAACCAGAAGACCGGCAGCAGGACCUUCCAGAGGGGGUGGAGGAAGUGACUAACAGUUCUGCAGCAGUGCCGAAGAUGGACUCCUCUGAUCAGACGUCCGCCGGCCCAGAGGUUGUUCUGGAUUUCCACUACAGUGACCUCCUGAAGCUGCUGUGCAGUGUGCGGUACAGCUCGGUUCUGUUCGUGGCCUGGUUCAUGGGCUUUGGCUACGGCUUUGUGUUCAGCUUCCUGUACUGGCACUUGGAGGACCUGAACGGGACCACCACCCUGUUUGGGGUCUGUUCUGUUCUCAGCCACAUCUCUGAGCUGGUCGCCUACUUCACCAGCCACAAGUUCAUUGAGCUGGUCGGACACGUCAGGGUGCUGUACAUCGGCUUAGCUUGCAACACGGCGCGUUACCUGUACAUCUCGUACCUGCAGAACGCCUGGACCGUCCUGCCCAUGGAAAUCCUGCAAGGUGUUACCCAUGCCUCAGUUUGGGCAGCCUGCAUUUCCUUUCUGAGCGCCGCCGUCCCUCCCGCUCUGAGGACUUCAGCACAGGGGAUCCUCCAGGGUCUGCACCUUGGUCUGGGGCGUGGCUGUGGGGCCAUGGUGGGAGGAGUCUUUGUCAACUUCUUUGGUGCAGCAGAGACGUUCAGAGGGAUCGGAAUGGCGUCACUCGUCAUUCUGCUCGUCUUCGCCUUCAUUCAGUGUCUCUCUGAGGGAAACGAGGAUAAAAUGCUGGCAGAGAACAUUCCGGUACCGUCCAGCCUGGUUCCCAUUGCCACCAUCGAACUGGUGGACAGCCACCCAGCCGCCGGCAGCCCAGUGCUGACCCGCCAGGCCGCCGACAAACCCAUCAGGAAGACGAAGCACCAGCAGGAGCAGGAGGAUAUUUCUCGACCCGCCUGGGUGCUCUCUGGUGCCCCCUGGGUUACGAUAGCCUUUGCCAUUGUUCAGGUCUGGGAACUGCUGCAGAUGAGGAAGGGCGGUGGCCCCCCAACAGAGACCCAACCCCUGCAGGUACUUAAUGGGCGGGUGGUGGCUGAAGACCAGGCGUCGAUGUCAUCGCACACAAACAGCGCUGAGGGCGGUGCUCAUCCACCAGCAUUCACACCCACAGAACUCAGCACCACACAGGCGGAACCCACAGACUCAAACACUGGUAGAAACCAAACGGACCCAGACAGAGGUGGACCUGUGGAGAACCCGGCCUUCACACCAGAACAUGCCGACUGAUUGUGCUUUUAGGAACCAUUUUCAUUUAUGGACAAUGCAAGAAAAAAAACAAAAAACAACAAACCACCAUCGCGACACAAAUCUGUCUCAACAGGUUCCUUCAUGAGCAGUUUAUUACAGCUGAACGACUCCGUUUAUGAAGUUACUGCCUUAAAAAAGAAUGCACCAGGACGUUGGAACAUCUGGGGAAAAAUGGUUUUGUUGAUGGAUGUUUUUUGCAGUCAGAGAUGAUUUCAGUGUUUAGAUGCAAUGCGUGCAGUUGGAUUUGAGCGGCUGUGUGGCCUCAGGAUUUCACAGGUGAGGAAAUCAAACGCACCUCAGCUGGAAAAUCCUACAAAUUCAAACACGGCGUCUGCGAUUCCUUCAUUAAAUCAGCAGCAAAAUCAGAACAGAUACGCAACAGUCAGCGUCAACAGUUCAGUUCCAUUCUGACAGAAAAAGCACAAAAAUAAAUAUGUACGUUGUAUGAAGUCGUUAUUAUGACAGCUUUUGCUGUUUACAUCCGUUUCUUGUCUCGCAUGUUUUCCCAAACUGUCUUUAGUCCGGGCAUCUGAACCCUGCUCCACGAGCGCACCUCAUCCCGCACGUUUUCCAACUCCUGACUCCACCCAUUACUAAUUAACUCAAGUGUGCUCAGCCAAUCAAGAGCUGAGAAACCAUCAGGUGUGAGUCGAGCAGGUGGACACGGAAACCAGGCAGGACAGUCCAAGACCCGGGUCAGAGAACCUGCUUUAGUCCUGCUAUCAAUGAAUGUUACGGAUUUAAGAUUCACACAUUUAAAUGUUUCAUAAUUUAAAGCCUUCUUAAGUAUAAUGAUUUUUUUGGGGGGGUGGGGGGGUAUGAUGGUCUAGUGGUUAAGCGUUGGGCUUGAGACCAGAAGAUCCUCGGUUCAAAUCCCAGCCUGACUGGAAAAUCACUAAAUCACAAAAUCACU